AUGCACUCCCCGGACGCCCCGGAGCGUCGGGAUGCACUCCCCGGACGCCCCGGAGCGUCGGGAUGCACUCCCAGGACGCCCCGGAGCGUCGGGAUGCACUCCCCGGACGCCCCGGAGCGUCGGGAUGCACUCCCCGGACGCCCCAGAGCGUCGGGAUGCACUCCCCAGACGCCCCGGAGCGUCGGGAUGCACUCCCCGGACGCCCCGGAGCAUCGGGAUGCACUCCCUAGACGCCCCGGAGCGUCGGGAUGCACUCCCCGGACGCCUCGGAGCGUCGGGAUGCACUCCCCGGACCCCGGAGCGUCGGGAUGCACUCCCCGGACGCCCCGGAGCGUCGGGAUGCACUCCCCGGAUGCCCCGGAGCGUCGGGAUGCACUCCCCGGACGCCCCGAGCGUCGGGAUUCACUCCCCGGACGCCCCGGAGCGUCGGGAUGCACUCCCCGGACGCCCCGAAGCGUCGGGAUGCACUCCCCAGACGCCCCGGAGCGUCGGGAUGCACUCCCCGGACGCCUCGGAGCGUCGGGAUGGACUCCCCGGACCCCGGAGCGUCGGGAUGCACUCCCCGGACGCCCCGGAGCGUCGGGAUGCACUCCCCGGACGCCCCGGAGCGUCGGGAUGCACUCCCCGGACGCCUCGGAGCAUCGGGAUGCACUCCCCGGACGCCCCGAAGCGUUAGGAUGCACUCCCCGGACGCCUCGGAGCGACGGGAUGCACUCCCCGGACGCCCCGGAGCGUCGGGAUGCACUCCCCGGACGCCCCGGAGCGACGGGAUGCACUCCCCGGACGCCCCGGAGCGUCGGGAUGCACUCCCAGGACGCCCCGGAGCGUCGGGAUGCACUCCCCGGACGCCCCGGAGCGUCGGGAUGCACUCCCCGGACGCCCCAGAGCGUCGGGAUGCACUCCCCGGACGCCCCGGAGCGUCGGGAUGCACUCCCCGGACGCCCCGGAGCGUCGGGAUGCACUCCCCGGACGCCCCGAAGCGUCGGGAUGCACUCCCCAGACGCCCCGGAGCGUCGGGAUGCACUCCUCGGACGCCUCGGAGCGUCGGGAUGCACUCCCCGGACCCCGGAGCGUCGGGAUGCACUCCCCGGACGCCCCGGAGCGUCGGGAUGCACUCCCCGGACGCCCCGGAGCGUCGGGAUGCACUCCCCGGACGCCCCGAGCAUCGGGAUUCACUCCCCGGACGCCCCGGAGCGUCGGGAUGCACUCCCCGGACGCCCCGAAGCGUCGGGAUGCACUCCCCAGACGCCCCGGAGCGUCGGGAUGCACUCCCCGGACGCCUCGGAGCGUCGGGAUGCACUCCCCGGACCCCGGAGCGUCGGGAUGCACUCCCCGGACGCCCCGGAGCGUCGGGAUGCACUCCCCGGACGCCCCGGAGCGUCGGGAUGCACUCCCCGAACGCCCCGAGCGUCGGGAUUCACUCCCCGGACGCCCCGGAGCGUCGGGAUGCACUCCCCGGACGCCCCGGAGCGUCGGGAUGCACUCCUCGGACGCCCCGGAGCGUCGGGAUGCACUCCCCGGACGCCCCGGAGCGUCGGGAUGCACUCCCCGGACGCCCCGGAGCGUCGGGAUGCACUCCUCGGACGCCCCGGAGCGUCGGGAUGCACUCCCCGGACGCCCCGGAGCGUCGGGAUGCACUCCCCGGACGCCCCGGAGCGUCGGGAUGCACUCCCCGGACGCCGCGGAGCGUCGGGAUGCACUGCCCGGGCGCCCCGGAGCGUCGGGAUGCACUCCCCGGACGCCCCGGAGCGUCGGGAUGCACUCCCCGGGCGCCCCGGAGCGCCGGGAUGCACUCCCCGGACGCCCGGGAGCGUCGGGAUGCACUCCCCGGACGCCCCGGAGCGUCGGGAUGCACUCCCCGGACGACUCGGAGUGUCGGGAUGCACUCCCCGGACGCCCCGGAGCGUCGGGAUGCACUCCCCGGACGCCCCAGAGCGUCGGGAUGCUCUCCCCGGACGACCCGGAGCGUCGGAAUGCUCUUAUAGGGGAGUAGGUCUGGCUUGGUCCCGGCUCCAAACGCGCACUGACGUAGAAUGCAUACCUCUCAAUCCGGAGCCCUCCUAG